AUGAAAGGAGAAAUACUCUCCAGAUCAGAGGAAUGCAUCAAGGAUUUACCAGUAGCACCUACAGCCAAGAAUUCUAUACCAAAUGUUUACUAUUGUGAAUGGCAAUCAGAAGAAGAGAAUGACAUGAAUGCUUACAUUGCGGGAGGCACUAUACCCGCUAAAAGAGGAAGACCUAAGUGCAAGCUGGAGAGUAGCUUAGGUAGAUUAAAUCAUAUACCCAAGAUUAGAAGAGCUGCUAAUCCGGUAAAACUGAUAGAGAUGAAUAUUCAACCUAUAGAAGAGAAGUUACCGAAACUGUAUCUUAAGUAUCAAGACCAAUCCACAGAAAUCCCGAUUUCACACAAUGACAUGACAUUCUUGCAAACUCCGGAAGAGAUGGAUAAAAGUAAUGAAGAUCCCAAUACAUGCGAUGAAUUUGAGUACGAAAGUGAAGAAUUAGAAAAAAAGGAAGAGUACUAUAUGGAAGAAUGGUCAGAUGGAGAACUGUAUGAGAACCCAUGGGAAAACAUGCAGAGUCCAGCAAUAUAUAUGACAACCCUUGAGAAGAUACCUACCUAUGAUGAAGACCAUAACAAAUGUUGA